CUGGUCAGUGGCAGGAGCCAGGUAUGUAGCAGGGAUGUCUCAGACUCAUCUACUACAGGGCUGGGAAAUGUCUCCCUAAAUUGUGCAGCUUGUGGUACAGUCUGGCCUAUCCUAAUGGAGAGGGACAGGGAUGUGUGUGUGUGUGUUCCAGUGCUUUCCCAUCACCUACAGCUGCACUUGCUCCCUAAAGUAGCUUUACACAAUGAUGUCCAAUAAGAACACGGCCUUCCUUGAGGUGAAGGAUGAGCCUGAAGCCCCCCAGUUUGUGUUGGCCGGUCGGCGUUACUGCUGCUUAAACUGCCACAAGACUUUCCCUAACCAGCCCCGUGCCCAGCGCCACUGUGAGGCCAACCAUGCCGACGGAGACCCCAGCUCUCCCAAUACAAAGAAACGGGCAACGAGGGGCGAGCAGAGGCACCAGUGUGUGCACUGCAACAAGUCCUACAAGUCGGCAUCAUUGUUGCGCAACCACGCCCGCAGCCACACGGGGGAGAAACCAUUUGCUUGCAAGGAGUGUGGACAUUCCUUUAUGCAGCCAAUCUGCCUGAAGGUGCACAUGGCGACCCACAGUGGGCAACUCCCCUUCCCCUGUGAGCAUUGUGAGAAAGCCUACGCUACGCCUUCCAAAUUGCGCAUUCACCAGAGACUCCAUACAGGAGAGCGGCCCUUUUCUUGCCCAGACUGUGGUAAGGGCUUUGCUGACCCCUCGGUUUUACGCAAGCACAUGCGCAGCCAUGCCGGCUUGCGCCCAUUUCAGUGCCAGCUGUGUGACAAGUCCUACAGUGAGCUGAAAGAUCUGAAAAACCACGAGCGUAGCCACACUGGAGAGAAACCAUUCUUGUGCUCGGACUGCGGCAAGGCCUUCUCACGGGCAUGCUCGCUCACGUGCCACCUGCGCAUCCACGCCGCAGAGAAACCUUACAAGUGUACCACAUGUGGCAAAGACUUUACCCAGUUGUCUUCAUACCAGAGCCACCAGCGCAUACACUCCGGGGAGAAGCCCUACUUGUGUCCCCAGUGCGGCAGAAUGUUCUCUGACCCCUCCAGUUUCCGCCGGCACCAACGAGCGCACCAGGGAGUCAAACCGUACCAGUGUGACAAAUGCGGAAAACCCUUCCGGCAGCCGGCAGACUUGGCAAUGCACCAGCGCAUCCACACGGGCGAGAGGCCCUUCCGCUGCCCAGACUGUGAUAAGAGCUUUGUGGCAUCAUGGGAUCUGAAACGCCACCGGUUGUCGCACAGCAGCGAGAGACCUUUCCAGUGCCAAGAAUGCGGCAAAGGCUUUGCAGAGCGAUCCGGGCUUAGUAAACACCAACGAUCUCAUAGCGGAGAGCGACCUUAUAAAUGCACAGAGUGCGGGAAAAGCUUUGUGGUGUCCUCCAGCCUAAGGAAGCAUGAGAGAACCCACCAGAAACCUGAGCAAGAUGCCACCAUGAAGAGAGAAGAGACCACCACUUGUGAGAAAUGCUCCCUCAGCUUCCCCAGCAUGAUGGACCUGCGCAACCACCAGAAAACGCACCCGGAGCUGCGGCCCUUCCGCUGUGAUCAGUGUGAGAAGGGAUUCGUAGACAAGGCAGGACUCAAAAAACAUCAGCGGAUUCAUAGUGAUGUGCGCCCUUAUGUUUGCUCCACUUGUAGGAAGGCCUUUCUGGUUCCCUCCGACCUGCGAAAGCACCAGCGGACGCACAGCAAAGAGGUGAAAGAAAAAGAGGAGGAAGGAAUAACCACCCUGACUCUCCAUCCAGCUGUGGAACCUCCUCCUCUCUAUGAUCCCUUGGUGUCCUUCCUGGAGAAGGUCGCAGAGGGAAAUAUGGAGGUCAUCGACCCUUCUCCUUCCAACUGAAUUCUGUGACUGGAUGGGGGAUGUUCUGGAAAACUGGCACCUGCUGUUCUCGUCUCACUUGACUGUAAUAUAUUUAGCCAGUCUCAGAUAAACUGGCCAACGGGCACAGACAGCAAAUGAGAGAUUAGGGGCAACCUCUCCACCACCUGAAUUGGCUCCUCCUUGCCACAUGCCGUGUGUCCUGUAGAAUCACAAUGUUACUUUUUUGCAUCAACACCAUGUAAAUAAAUGCAACCGUUCUGCUGCAAAA